AUGCAGAGAAGCGACAUCAGCGCCACCUGGAUUUUCUGCGCCGAGUUAAAAUUUGCAUCAAAUUCACAAGAGUGGAGCUUGGUGGGCCUGGGGGAAGCGAGGAUAAAAGAGGUAGAGGAAUCCAGAACGAGAGAGAAAAGGGGAGAAGAAGAAGGCGGGAGUAAAGAGGCAGAAGAGAGAGGCGUCGACAAUACCGACGUAGCGCACACGACAUACGGACGAGGCAAGGCGAAAGCAGCCGCUGGUGGCACCACCCGUAAGCCAAAAAGCAGCUGGCACCACUGGAAAAGCACGUGGCAAUGGAAUACUCUGUCGCGCAACAGGUGCACGGCAAAGCAAGGGAAACAGGCAAAACAAGAGCAAGUCAAGACUCAGAAGCAAUUCAGAAAGACAAAAGAAAACGUGGAGGAGAGCGAAAGAAAGACAAAACGCGGGUACAGAAUAGGAGAGCGAAGGAAAGAAGUGAAAAGGAUAGGAGAAAAUGUAGAGGAAAUAAAGAAAGAACUGAAACGAGGAAGAGCAGGAAGGGAGACUGAAGAGCAGAUUAAAGAAGAGAGAAAAGGCCCGGGUAAAGAAAAAGGGCCAGAAGAAGAAGAACCGGAAAAUGGGGGAAAAGAGAAGAAGAGGGAGAACGGAUAUAACGAAUGGAAUCAAGGGAAAGACAACCGAAACAAAGAAAAGGCAGAAGAAAGACUAGAAGAGCGAUAUAAGGCAAAAGGAGAAAAGAGUGAAGAGCGAGAAGAAGCAGAGGAGCUGGAGAUGGAAGAGGGGGAGAUGAAGACAAAAAGGAGGAAAAAUAAGGAGGAGGAAAAAGGCGGAAACGAAGGAAGUGAAGGCGCGGGCAAAAAGGAGGAUGAAGAGGAGAACUGGAGGGAGAGAUGGGAGAGAAAAAUAGAAAAUGAGAGAAGGGAGAGGAGAAAAAGGAGCUUCGUAUGGAAAGGGGUAGGAGGCAACAACGCAGAAGAAAGAUCCAGGAGGAGAAAAAUUAUACUGCAGAUGGAGCUGGGCAAAAAGGCAGAGAUAAGAAAGCUAACCGAACUGGCAGGGGACGGGGGGUGA